CCUUUUUUCGAGUAAUCGCAUUCGCCUGACAAGCUUGUACAUAGCGUCGCCUUCUUCAUAUAUGUAACUUGGUUUCAAUCUGCCAACCUGUCUUCCUUUUCGCCGCUUCAAUUCCUCCCAAGGCUGCGGCCGCGGAUACGCCACAUACGAGCGCCAUGCAGACCCGGUAGCUAUACGUUCGGCCGGGUGGCCUGUUACCAGACGAGCGGACGCAUGAGAAGCUGGCUUGGGCCCGAGAGUACGGAGCCGCAGGCCAAGCAGGGGAUCAACGCUGAGAAAGACGCUGUCUCACUCCCAGACGAUACGCCGACAAUGCCUCGAAAUCCUGCAGAGUUUUACCGCGCGCAGCCUGUGCGAGACCGGCGCAUUCACAUCAUGGGGUUGGGGAACGUGGGAUACUUCGUCGCGCAUUCGCUCAAGGGGAUACCGAAUGCGCCGCCCAUCGCAUUGGUUUUCCACAGCCGAGAAAAGCUAAAAGCAUGGGAGGAGUCAUCCAAGAGACUGCAGUGUAUUACGGACGGGGAUACCGAGCGACGCGAAGGCUAUGAUGCGGAAUUGGCGCUGCCGCGACCAAGAUCCCACGGCAAAUUGGUUGGGAGCAAUACGGGUGAUCCCUUCCCGGAUGCCUCUGAUGCCAACGAGAGAAUUUCGGAAGGAUCGAUAAUGUUUGGAGAGUCUACAGAGCCCAUUAGUUCGCUCAUCCUGUGCAUGAAGGCGACGCAAGUUUUGUCAGCACUCUCCUCUGUGAAGCACCGCCUGCACAGGGACUCGGUGAUAUGCUUUCUCCAGAAUGGCAUGGGAACAGUGGAGGAAGUGAACAAAGAGAUAUUUCCAGACAUUGCGACCAGACCGCACUACAUGGUGGGCAUCAACUCCCACGGCAUGAAGAAAACCGAUGAUCCAUUCACGGUCGUACAUGCAGGCUUUGGAACCAUAUCGCUUGGAAUCUUGCCCAACGAACGGGACCGAGCGCCCGCACCGUACGCUCCUAUCUCUAAAUUUACGCCCCAUUCAUCCCCGCAGCCGAUAGAGCCAGUCCACCCCGCGAAUCCGGAUCCUUCAGCUCCUCCAGCCACGGACCCUAGCGCUACAUUCACCCCGAAUUCGCGGUAUCUUUUGCGAACCCUUCUGCGCACACCUGUCCUUUGCGCCGCAGGAUUUUCACCGCCCGACCUUCUUCAGCUGCAGCUUGAGAAGCUUGCUGUCAACUGCAUUGUUAACCCGCUCACCGUAAUGCUCGACGCGCGAAACGGCUCUAUCCUAUACAACUACUCCCUCACACGCGUCAUGCGGUUGCUCCUUUCUGAGAUAUCCCUCGUCAUCCGCUCUCUUCCUGAGUUACAGUACAUACCCAACGUCCAACAACGCUUUGAUCCCGGGCGAUUGGAGACUGUGGUCGUAGGCGUGGCGAAUCGCACCAGUGACAACAUCUCCAGCAUGCUGGCAGAUGUGCGAGCGGGCAGACAGACGGAGAUGGACUACAUUAACGGAUGGAUUGUGAAUAAAGGAGAGGAGAUGGGCAUCAAGUGCUUCAUGAAUUUUAUGCUGAUGCACAUGGUCAAGGGCAAGAGCGGGAUGAUACAGGCGGAGCUUGGGGAGGGCAUUCCAUUUGUGGAGCCUAGGCCUGGAGAGGAGGCGGUGAUGACUAGGGAUGCGUUUGGAGAUAUUCCCUUCGCGGAUGUUAUCUCUAGGGACAUGUCCACGUCGGAGGAGGCCAAGACCAAGAAUGCGUCGGGAGAUAUCCCCCCAGCGGAUAGUGUCGCUGGGAAGACGUCCAACCCGGAGUGGACUGAGAAGUCUCGGUGAGAUGACAUAAAGCCAUGCAUAUAAGUCUAACCGUGUCCAACGCCACGGCAAUUUCAAUCGGUGCUCCACACCCC